AUGAGGCGCUUCUGGCCGUGCGCCGUCGUGUUGGGGCUGCUCGCCGUCGAGGGCGUGCGCGGCGCGCAGAAAUUCGCCACCUAUCCCCAAAUCACCAACAAGACCUUCAUCGACGAGUAUAUCAACGCGCACAACAAGCACCGCAGCGAAGUCCAGCCCCCCGCUUCCAACAUGCUGUACAUGGUGGGUGUCCCGGGCGCGGGGUGGGAGGAGGAAAGGAGAGCCCUCGCUUCCAGCUGCGCGCUUAGGAGAAGGAACUUCCCACUGAACCCGCCGCCACCUUUUCUUCCGGAGGGCUCCUUGCCUCCGCUUUAAAAAGGCAGAUCCUUCAGGUCACGCCUUUGGGCAUUGUAAGAUGAUGGUCUCAGGCAGAACAACAACAAAAAAGUUCCUUUCAGUAGCACCUUAAAAGGUAAAGGGACCCCUGACCAUUAGGUCCAGUCCUGGCCGACUCUGGGGUUGCGGCGCUCAUCUCGCUUUAUUGGCCAAGGGAGCCGGUGUACAGCUUCUGGGUCAUGUGGCCAGCAUGACUAAGCCGCUUCUGGCGAACCAGAGCAGCGCAUGGAAACGCCGUUUACUUUCCCGCCGGAGUGGUACCUAUUUAUCUGCUUGCACUUUGAUGUGCUUUCAAACUGCUAGGUUGGCAGGAGCAGGGACCGAGCAACGGGAGCUCACCCCGUUGCGGGGAUUCGAACCACCGACCUUGUGAUCGGCAAGUGCUAGGCUCUGUGGUUUAACCCACAGCGCCACCCGCCAGCUAAGUUUGUUUUUACUAUGAGCUUUCGUGUGCAUGCACACCUCUCCAGUAACUAAGUCUCAGGCAGCUAAUUGUGGUGGUUAUAUCUGGGAAGAGAUGGAGAUUUUCUGCCUCAGAUUGCGAAGUAACCGCAGCAGCUCGAGGCUGAAAAUAGUCACUGGUGAUUUUCUUUUAUUUUGGCGUUAACGCCCUUUGACCCGCCUCUGAAAGCUGUAUGCGUAAUUCACAUGGUAGAAUGAGAAUAGAUAGCUGGUUCUUUAAAAGCCCGGCAGGAAUUAUACUUACUGGUGCCAGUGAGUAAUAUUUAAGUAAAGGAUCUACCAGUGUGAGAGACAAGAUCAUAAAGGGAAGGCAAAGUGACUAACAUUAAAACCAAUUAAGCACAUUCAAUAAAACCAUCUAAAAACAUAACUAAACAAUUAAAAGGGGGCAGAACUUGUUUGUUUUAGUGAGACUGAAGACGUGUUAUCCAUUAGAAGUGGGAAAUGUUAUUAAAAGCUGUGUGCGUGAUACUUUUCUGUUUUGCAGAGUUUUGAUCUAGGUUUAGCUAAAAUAGCGAGAGCAUGGGGACGGAAAUGUAUUUUUGGACAUAAUCCAAACAGAAAAGUCCACCCUGAAACUAAAUAUCAGCCAUUUGGAGAAAAUGUAUGGCGGGGAUCUGCCUCCAGCCAACCAUUUAAUGCUGCUGCUGCCAUUAAUGCAUUUAACAGUGAAGUAAGAUACUAUACCUAUGAUGACCACAAAUGUUCCAAAGUAUGUGGUCAUUAUACUCAGGUAAGUUUCAUCCUCAUCUACUUAGAAAAUUUUAAUCAAAACCUAAAGAACUUGAAUAAUUUGAGACUCUGAGUGCUUCCAGACUGUCAUAUUUUGAUGUGAUUCAGUCACAUCCUGGCAAAUUCAAGCUGUGCAAUUAAAGUUAAUUUGGAGCUCUUGCAAAACAAACCUGCUUCUCCAAAAAACAGGACUUUUUACAAUCAGAAAAGUGAUGGGGAAAUGACCUGGAAAGUGAGGCAUAAAAUUUGCUUCACACCAUGCUGUCUAAUAAUCUCUCCACAAAUAAAUCAGGAUGAAUGCUAAUUAAAUAGCCAACACUAUCAAAUCUUCAAACAAACCAGGUUGAAUAUUCAUUAAACAGGCCGUCUGGAAGUGACCUCUGUAAUCAUACUUUGUGAAAUAAUCAUAUUCCUACCAUCACAAUAGAAACUGCUUACUUAUAAAAUGCAUUGAAUGCUUGAAAUUAAUUAAUUGACAACUUUCGGAAAAGGUCCCCACUUCAGUUUCAGUUCUGUAGGGUUUUUUGAAUUGCUAGAAGUUCUGAUAUCUAUAGAAACUCUGAGCUACUAGCAAUGGGCCAGCACUAAACGUUGCAGGGCUUAUGCAUGGCAACAAAGUUCUUAAAGGCAAAUUGUCUUAAGACAGCCCUUCUUUUAAUGUCCUGUUCUGCUCUUUGCAGGUGUGUAGUUUACCCAUACAAAAAGCAACAAAGGUAUAAUUUACAAAGAAAUGACCCCCUUGGUCAUGACACAAGGCAGACAAACAACUCCAAAAUAAAUAUUAAACGUAUGUUUGUAGUACUUUUGUAUGCCUUGUUUGUUAAAGUUGCACAAAGCAGUAUGAUAAUACUGAUUAACAACUGUAACAGCCCAAAUUCAGUAGAAAUAAUUGCUAAGCUGUCAGCACAAAUUACUGACAACUAGGCCUGGAAACCCAAAGGUGUUUUAUUCAAUAGCCAUGCUAUUAUACUAAAACAAAACAUUAAAAGUUAGUGUGUGGAUCUGUUGAAGUUUGGUAGGCCAUGAUAUUUCCUAACAAAUGUUUCUUUGUAACACAACAUACUGAGUUUGUAGUAUCCUUCUCUAUCAAUUGAAUCAAAUCAAUAAUCAUUAAAUAUUUAAUUGGGGGUAGUGUUCUGUUGCUUUAUAUUGAACAACCAUUGUUUUAUCCUCACAGAUAUUUUGGUUAUGUAUUUCCCUGGCACAGGCAAUGAUCAACACAGUUGCUCACCUUGAGCAAUGAAUGAGCAAUGAAUACUUAAUUUUAGAUAUUAUACUGUAUUUCCAUUGCUCAAGAUGAGCAGAAAUCAUACGCCAUUUUACAUAUAUAUUUUAAGAACAUAAGACAAACACCCGUGGCCCAUCUAGUUAAGCAUUUUCACAGUGACCAACCAGAUUAGGGUACUUGAAUAUAAGCUUUGAAUUCUUAUAUAAUAUAAAGAUGCCUGUAGCCAAAUGCCAAGUGAGGGCAGGAAUGUGGAGAGAAGCUGAUUGUUAGAAAUGAUAACUAUUAACACAACUUGUACCUUUAUCUUAUAUAAUAAAACAUAUCCUUUCCAGGUUGUUUGGGCUGAUUCUUACAAGGUUGGCUGUGCUAUUGUUUACUGCUCUCGAGCGGCAGAUGGAGAGAGAAAUGUUUUGCAUUUCGUGUGCAAUUAUGCUCCAGCGUAAGUUAACAAAUGCUAAAGAGAUUGUGUUGACACUUAACAGUCUAAAAUUCAUGUGAUGGGCAGCUACAGGUGAUUUGUAGGAAAUCAGGCCUGUUAGGUGGAGGUUCCCCUCCGCUGCCAUCACAGGACAGUACAUAUGACAUCAAACGUCUUUAUAAGCUUUUUUUUGGACAACUUUUCACCAGGGGUUUCAAAUCUUCUCCAAACAACAAAUGGGGCCUGCAGGUGAAAAGAAGGCAGGAGUAGCACUGCUACCACACAUAGCAGGUUGGGACAUAAAAUUCAGCAGGCGUCAUUGUGCGGGACAUCAGCUAGAUUGUGCUGACAGCCCUCUGAAGUCAGAGCCUUCCAGCAUUAGCAUAUAUGUGUCUUUAUACAUGGUGUCUCUCUCCAAAUGUCUUUGGCAUCUGCAUUUUGCCCUAAUGUGCUUUGUCCUCUGAAUUGCUGUCAUGUUCCCCUGUACUUCCCCUGUACAAUUCCUAGCUCCAGUCCAUUCCCAUUUGGACGUUCAUAAAGUUUUUCAUCAUUCCUGGGAGGUGAGCUGUCCUGAACUGGAUAUUCCUUAUAAAAACUGGUUAGUCAGCCUUUUGAUUUUAAAUGCCAACUGCCUGCUUCCAUUCUGGUUAGAGUGGUCCCUUUUUAAGCAUGUCUGGCUUGUCCUGAAACAUUAACAAAUCCACCAUUGUUUACAGAUGUAUGUCUUGCUUUUAUUUAUUGCUACUGUUGAUUUUUAUAACACAAAAGUACAAUUUUGAGACAUGUCUGUUUGUCAGGACAUUGACAGCAUCAAACACAAGUCAUUUGUAUCUGAUCAAAUGAAAGAAUCGAUCCCUUACAUCUGUUUCCUUAAGAUUAUUUCAGAAAGCUUUAACCUUUGUUCAAGCGCAGGUGUUUCUAUAGCUAGCUGACCCUUGCAAGAGUGUUCAAGUGAAUAGUGUGAAUGGUGAUAAGGUAACUUACAGUAAAUAACUUCACAAUGUAUACCGUACCACUCAUUUGAGCAGUUACCAGGGUGACUUGGACCACUUCAGUAUUCUCUGUAUGAGAUCCAGAUAGUAGUGACCAAAAGCAAUGGUGUGUAUGAACUAGGCAUAAUACCUAAAUAUAUUUGGCAGCUCUAUUCUGUGUAAGUCACAUUCCUUCACAUUCAAAGACUUGUCACCUCUUUCAGCUCAACAUACUCCACUGUGAUAUUUGGUCUUGUGUGUUGAUGCCUUUAUAGCUAGGACUGCAUUCCCUCUCAGACAAUUUUACGGGAACUGUAUGACAGUGACGGUUAGGGCCAGAGACAAAAAUAGGAAGAAUAAUGGAUGUGACUUUUACCUUUGUACAGUAGGCUUCCAUCCAGACAAAAGCCAGACAAACACCCGUCACCAUCACCAUAAGUAAGAGGCAUGAUCACAGUUCAAGGAUUCAUUACAGCCAGAAAAAUCAUUCAAGAGUGCAGAGUAGGCCCUUGGAAAAUUUCAAGGACCAGAUGGAGAGGCCUGGAAGGCUGCAUUUGACCCCCAGACCUAGACAACUUAUUCGUUACAUCUAAAAUCUUUAAUUAUAUGACCAGUAGCUUGCAUUUUAAUUUUCAAUUUAGCUUUGUGUACUGAAUACAUAAUGUUACAUAAUAUUUUGUUCUUUAGGGGCAAUUACCGGGGCAUUCGUCCUUAUAAAAAAGGAUCUUCAUGUAGCGAGUGCCCAGAAGGAGACACUUGUCAAAAUCAACUCUGUAGUAAGUGUGAUGAUAAACUAUCAUAUUUUUAAAAAACGUAUUUAUUUAGAUAAUUUCUAUAUUGCUUAACACAUCUGGGGGGGGGGAAUAAGUGACUUGCAGCGUACCUUUAAAAACUACAAAUACAGUAUAGUGGUACCUCGGGUUAAGUACUUAAUUCGUUCUGGAGGUCUGUUCUUAACCUGAAACACCACUUUAGCUAAUGGGGCCUCCUGCUGCUGCUGCGUCACCACUGCACGAUUUCUGUUCUCAUCCUGAAGCGAAGUUCUUAACCUGAGGUACUAUUUCUGGGUUAGCGGAGUCUGUAACCUGAAGUGUAUGUAACCUGAAGCGUAUGUAACCCGAGGAAAUACUCUUCCAUUAUAUAACAGAAAAUAAAAUAAACCCAAGGUAAAAUAGUAACAUUUUUAAAGCUUUCUUUUGCUUGUUAUAUGUAUUUUCUCUAUUUUCCAGGAAAUUCUGAACGUGAUAAAGAAAGGAGUGAGAGUAUGUAUUCCUUUUUUAUUUUGUUGUUUAAAUUUAGAGCAAAAUUCACAUUCAGUAAAAAUUACCUUCUUUUUUUAAAAUAUAGAUUAUAAACAAUGGAAUCCACCGUAUGAUUUCCACAUUACCUGUGAUGAAUCCUGUAUUGCUGUUGCAGUUUUAAGGCCAUUAUUAAUGUUUGUAGCAUUUGCAGUUGUUUACUACUUAAAAUUACGUUAUCCAGGUUUAAAUUUAAAACAUUAA